UUGAACAUGGCAGUUAUUGUUGUACACCUGCUGUUUUAUUUGGGUGCUUGUGUAUUUGCUGCUGAAGUUUCAGACUCUGGUUCUGUGUUGGAUAUUCCAGCUGAUGGAGUGAGUGACAGCAUGAAGACUGACAGACUUUCACAGCACAUGUUUAAACUCUAUCAGAAAUACAUCCGAGAGCUGCACUGGCCCAAAGACACAAAUACUGUCAGGAGUUUUAAAGCAAAGCCUGAAAUCCUGAAGGAGAAAGUUCUCUAUCAGCUAAAUCUUACUUCACUUCAAAACUCCGAGCUGGUUCUUACUACAACACUUCACUUCUACUUUGACAAACGCCCACGUCAGAGGUCCUGGUUCUGCAAGCGCAUCCGGAAUCCUUCCUGCCGCAUCCAGGACCUGUACUACUUACCAUCAUUUCAUAUUAUAUUCACAAGCUCUUCCUCUGGUUCUCCUCAGGGGUCAUUCCUUGGAAACAUCACCUUACACCCACACAGAAGGGGAAUAUGGCAAGCCAAGGAUGUGGGUCACAUUGUAAAAGAGGCAAGACAAAGAAAUCAGUCUUUAAUAACACUAGAGUUUGACUAUGGCAUCAAAUAUCAGCAAUAUCAGGACACAUUUUUAGAAGACAACCUGCCGUACAUGUUGGUUUAUGCCAAUGACCAAGCCAUAUCAGAACCCAAUAGUGUGGCCUUGAGCUUACAAAGAUACGACCCUCUUCCUACAGAUGAGAAGUCCACACAAUUUCCCAAAUUUUCUCCUGAUAUGAGGGUCAAAAGGGACUUGUAUUUUCCAGACCAUAUGCAAAACAAUGAACUUCCUGAGGUGGAGUAUGACAGUCUCAAGCAGCAUGAUUUAUGGGAAAGCACUUAUCUAGCACUGAAGCCAAAGCCCUCUAAGAAAGAGCAGAGGAAGAAGGGCCAAGUACUCGCUGAUGGUCCGAACAAGUUUCAGGUUCUCAGCUUUGAUGAGAAAACCAUGAAGAAGGCACGGAGGAGACAGUGGAAAGAGCCACGAAGCUGUUCCAGAAGAUACCUGAAGGUGGAUUUUGCAGAUAUUGGAUGGAGUGAAUGGAUCUUGGCACCUAAGUUUUUCGAUGCCUACUACUGUGCAGGAACAUGUGAAUUCCCUAUCCCAAAGGUUGUUCGGCCUUCCAACCACGCAACCAUUCAAAGCAUAGUGAAGACAGUUGGUAUCAUUCCAGGCAUCCCAGAGCCCUGCUGCGUGCCAGAGAAAAUGAACUCUCUCAGCGUCCUCUUCUCUGACGAGUCCGAAAACAUCGUAUUAAAAAACUAUCCCAAUAUGUCUGUGGAGACCUGUUCCUGUCGAUAGACUGAGCGAUAAAUGUGGACACGGAUAUGUGGUGUUGUAAUUACAACACUUAAACUAAACAUGCAGAGGCAUAUUGUCUGUCAUUCACUAUUAUUGUACAAUGCAAACUGCCAAGGUAUGCUAAUAAGGUACUUAAGGUACACCCUGUGCAUUUCAACCUCAAGUGGUCCCAGUAGUGAACCUAUUUUAUUUGACGUUUCAUUUUAAUGAAUUUUGUUUUGAAAAAAAAAAAAGAAAAUGUGUAUCAAUUGUAGUUGGGUUUUUUUGCAUUGAUUUUUAUUGCAUUGCUGCUUUUUGUGUGUAAAACAUUGAGUCCUUAUUUUAAGAUGUUUUAAAGU